GGAAGCGGAAGCCCUGGUUUGGCCUUGGGUUCCGCGGUGGAUGCAAGUGAGAAAACCUUGGGACCAAAGAGUUUUGAGUUCUCGCCUCUUAUUUAGCAGCAGAAUCGGGCGAAGAGACUCCUGCAAGCGGGGAAGGGAGGAAGCUCGACCGCCCGAGAAAAGAGCGAGCGGGCCGGCAGCUGCGAGACACAAACGAACUGUGUGCAGGAUCCUUAGAGGCCGGUCCUGGUUAGUACCGUUCCUCCAGGCCAUGGUGCGGGCGGAGUUCUGGGCGAUCCCCAGGUGAGGGCAGCGGCUCCACCCGGGGUUUCUACCGCAGAAGAGCUGAGUAGAUGCGGGGUGGGGAAGAAAGGAUGCUGCCCGCACUGCUUCCCGGUAGCACCCUGAGCGGCCGCAAUAGCCGCAGCAGCAGCAGCAGCAGCAGCAGCAGCGGAAAGCACAGCGCGGGCCGAGGUGGCGGCUCGAGCUCCUGGUAAAGACGCGCAUUAGCUGUUUCUCCGUAGUAUGCGAGUUGACAAAACAGCCAAAGAACAGGGCUCCCCAUUACAAUCUCCUUCGAGCUCUUUUUCCUUGCUACUCGGAACUGAUUUAUGUGGAAGCAUGCCUUGCACUUGUACCUGGAGGAACUGGAGACAAUGGAUUCGACCUUUAGCGGUGGUCAUCUACCUGGUGUCCAUAGUGGUUGCGGUUCCCCUUUGCGUCUGGGAAUUACAGAAACUGGAGGUUGGAAUACACACCAAGGCUUGGUUUAUUGCUGGAAUCUUUUUGCUAUUAACUAUACCUAUAUCACUAUGGGUGAUACUGCAACAUUUAGUGCAUUAUACACAACCCGAACUACAGAAACCAAUAAUAAGGAUUCUUUGGAUGGUACCCAUAUACAGUUUAGAUAGUUGGAUAGCUUUGAAAUAUCCCAGCAUUGCAAUAUAUGUGGAUACCUGCAGAGAAUGUUAUGAAGCUUAUGUCAUUUACAACUUUAUGGGAUUCCUUACCAAUUACCUAACUAACCGGUAUCCAAAUCUGGUAUUAAUCCUUGAAGCCAAAGAUCAGCAGAAACAUUUCCCUCCUUUAUGUUGCUGUCCACCAUGGACUAUGGGAGAAGUAUUGCUGUUUAGGUGCAAACUGGGUGUAUUGCAGUAUACAGUUGUCAGACCAUUCACCACCAUUGUUGCUUUAGUCUGUGAGCUGCUUGGUAUAUAUGAUGAAGGGAACUUUAGCUUUUCAAAUGCUUGGACUUACUUGGUUAUAAUAAACAAUAUGUCACAAUUGUUUGCCAUGUAUUGUCUCCUGCUGUUUUAUAAAGUACUGAAGGAAGAAUUGAGUCCAAUCCAACCUGUUGGCAAAUUUCUUUGUGUAAAGCUGGUGGUUUUUGUUUCUUUUUGGCAAGCAGUAGUUAUUGCUUUAUUGGUAAAAGUUGGCGUUAUUUCUGAAAAGCACACAUGGGAAUGGCAAACUGUAGAAGCUGUGGCUACAGGACUCCAGGACUUUAUUAUCUGCAUUGAGAUGUUCCUUGCUGCUAUUGCUCAUCACUACACUUUCUCAUAUAAACCAUAUGUCCAAGAAGCAGAAGAGGGCUCAUGUUUUGAUUCCUUUCUUGCUAUGUGGGAUGUUUCAGACAUUAGAGAUGAUAUUUCUGAACAAGUAAGGCAUGUUGGAAGGACAGUCAUGGGACAUCCUAGGAAAAAAUUUUUUUGUGAGGAUCAAGAUCAGAAUGAACAUACAAGCUUGUUAUCAUCCUCAUCACAAGAUGCAAUUUCUGUUGCCUCUUCUGUGCCACCUUCACCCGCGGGUCACUACCAAGGCUUUGGACAUACUGUGACUCCGCAGACUACACCUACGACAGCUGAUAUAUCUGAUGAACUAUACUGUAUUACAGAAGAGAAAAAACCUUCAGAUAAAUCUGUGGCCUCCUGAACAGUGUAUGAAAGCAAACUGCUACUACCAUGUUAUUUCAUUAUUUGGUAUCCCACUGCUCAAGAUUUUGUGCUUGGGACAAGCCAUAAAUGAUGGAAAACUUCAACACAAAGAUAGGUGGAAGCCAGGUACUACUGGAUUUAUAUAACUAAAUUUUGUAUAUCACAGAUAAUGAGUGGGUCUAAAUAUCUUAGACUUAGAUUUGAUUUCUUAACAGUAGAGUAUCACAUACUCAAAAUGGUAGAAAAUGACUGUACUAAAUGUUUUUGAUGUGACAUUGCUUUAUCAAGAGGAUGGGCAUAAAAAAAAAAAAAAAAUCAAUGCUUCCUACCACUGCUGCAUGAAUACAAUGCUCCGGAAUUAGCAGAAAGUAUAAUUCAGAAAUAUGAAUUAGUGGAACUUAAUCAUGUGCCAUAUAUGCUUACCUAACAAUAUUUCUCUAUUUCUCAACUGGAUGUCUUUCAAUAAAUAAGAAUUUAUCAUUUAU